GGUCGUGAACAUUCUGCUGUUUUAAGUAUAAAUUAUUAGGGACUGAUAUUCAAUAAUGCACAAAAGAGUCUUCCAACGAGUCAAUAAGAAAAGCAUAUUUCGUAAUUCGUGUUGUUUAUAAAUUAUAAUUUACUAAAAUGUACAUACGCAAAACAAAACUAAAACAAAACACCUUAAUCAUGGAAGGAGCGAAUAUAAUUAGAAAACCAUGUUCUCUAAAAACCUCAAGUUUAAACAAAGUCAAAAGUAGCUCUUAUCUUAUCUACAACAAACCCAAUAGCUGUUGGCUACCUUAGAAACAUUGGGUAUAUGUUUGUGUGUGUUUUCGUAUGUUAUAUAUUAUCAUGAUAUUUUGAUUUUAUCUAAUUAGUGACGAUUUGUUAAUUCAUUUUCGAAUGUCACUUCUUGUACUUGUAGAUCAUUGAGCAUACAUAUACACUAUCACGAUUUAAGUUUUGUAUGGCUUCACAACGAGCCCUUAAAUCCUUUUAACAAAAAAAACGAGUAUUGGAACCCAUUUAAUUUAUUAAUGGGCUUAGAAGUUCAAGAUCCAGCUGAUUACCAGACCAGUGGACAUCAGACUCUUACAGAUGCGCCCACGUUGCUAAACAAUCGAGAUUGGACUCGGGAGCAUUUCGUUUCAUCAUGCGUGACGUAAGGCUUGGAACAUUAUAUGAGACCCGAUCCAGUUGUGUUAUGUUCAGAGUGUUCAUAGAUUUUUAGUUUUUGCCUAAGGAUAACGUAUAUGCAUGCUUUCUGAAGAGAACAAAAUAUAUUAAACGUAUAUAUAUUUAAAAUUUGCCAUCUUUUCCUAAACAAUAUAACAUCGUUUUAGUUAGAAAAAGGUAAAUGAGUACGUUUUGUAAUGAAGGGUUUAUAUUCUUUGAUUUGAUCACAAGCUUUUGGAGCAUCAAAAAAACAUUUCAACACGUACAAAUUAACAAAAGACCCGGCGAUGGUUAAGGAUCUUCGACAGGGGAACAAACACAUUCGUCAAAAACUAGUUUGUUAGAAAUAGUUCAGAUUGUUCUGUCGGCAACUAAUUAAACUUUCAAUAGAGAUUCAUAUCGUUUAACGUAAGCAAAUUCUCUCCUCCUAACCCACGAAUUCCACCCGUUACGGCCCAACACACAGAAAAUUCUACUUACUUUAAUUCUAAAACUUUAUUUCCAUUUAUACGAAACUCAUUUAUGUUUUAUAUUAAUAAAAACUAUUAAAACAACUAUAUAAACCCUUCAUUACUGUCUUUAAUGAGCUCCCCCUCUUCCUCUGUUCUUCGCUUUUGGAAAAUUGCCAACUUUAUUGUCUCUCUGACUCUCUCUGAUCUUUGUUUAAUUAAAUCACAUUUGAUUAUAAGAGUUCUUUUUAAUCUGAAUUAAGAUCUGUACGCUUAGUUUUAUUUCAUUACACAAAGAGUUUGAGCUCAAUGGACAACGAGCUGUUUAUGAACGCAGGAGUACUUUCUCAUCCGUCUGAGAUGACGUCACUGUCUUCUUCUUCUCCUCCGGCGAUGCUAAACUGGGCUUCAAUGGAGACUCAUCCACUGGAGCAGAGUAUCUCUCGCAAUGUUCCGCGUGAUUGCUUUUUUGUAGAAAAGUCAACUCUGAGCUCACUCGUGUCUCCGCCGUCGGAACCUAACUUCUCCGGCGGAGGAGCCGGAGAGAAUUACGUCAUCAGAGAGCUCGUAGGUAAUUUGGGAAACAUCGGCGAUAUCUACGGAGCUCCGGCGAGCUUCGGAAACGGCUCCGGCUCUUGUUACGCAACUCCGGUGAUGAGCUCUCCGCCGUUGGAUGCGUUUUCCGGCGAUUCGAGAUUCGCAGAGAGAGCCGCGAGGUUCUCGUGUUUGGGAAGCCGUAGCUUUAACGGCAGAAGAACCAACGGACCCGUUGCUGAAACAGCGUCAAUCAACGGGGAGCUGACACGUGUCUCGAGCAACUCAGCUCUCAAGCCUCCCGCCGGCGAAUCCUCCGGUGAAUCUUCCCGGAAAAGAAAAGCCAAAUCCAAGGAGCAUUCUCCCUCCACAGCUUCCCCAUCUCCUAAUUUAUCAAAGGAAGUUGAAGGGAAGGAAGAUUCUGAUUCAAAGAGAAGCAAAAAAUCACAAGAAAAUGGAGAGAACACGAAGUCUCUUGAUCCGUACAAAGACUUCAUCCAUGUCAGAGCUCGACGUGGCCAAGCCACCGAUAGUCACAGUCUCGCAGAACGAGUUCGAAGAGAGAAGAUAAGCGAGAGAAUGAAGCUGCUUCAAGAACUCGUCCCUGGAUGCAACAAGGUUACUGGGAAAGCACUGAUGUUGGAUGAAAUUAUAAACUAUGUCCAAUCAUUACAACGACAAGUUGAGUUCUUGUCAAUGAAGUUAUCGUCAGUGAACACCAGGCUGGAUUUUAACAUGGACGCUCUCAUGUCAAAGGAUAUAUUUCCUUCAAGCAACAAUCAGCAAGUACCUCAGUUAGAAUCUUCAUCUCAUAUCUUAUUGGCUGAUCAUCAUAGUCAUACUUUACAAUUGAACCCAAAUGAUUCUUCCAAUAACAUAAUUAACCCUAUGGAAACUUCGGAAAGUAGAAGCUUCACUACUCGGUUACCAACACUUGCCCAUUUCACAGACUCUAUUUCUCAGUUUUCAACAUUUUCUGAAGAUGAUUUACAUAGCAUUAUUCAUAUGGGGUUGGCACAAAACCAAAUCCGUGAACCGAACCAAGUUCAUUCAACUAGUUUUCAAGGUCCAUCAAACCAAGUACCAUCACACAUGAAAGCUGAACUUUGAUCAACCAUUAUUUGCAUUUACAUAAUAGUAUUGGAGUUCAGUUAAAGAUCUCAAUGGAUAGAAAGUAAGAAAAGGAUUGAUGGGUGUACAUAACGAGAAGCUUAAAUUGGACCACACCAUUUGCAAAUUCGUUUCUGUAAUCAUCUUCAUGUAUAUCAAACAACAUCUUCUUUUUUUGUGUGCCCUUGUUUUGGUUUUAUGCUCCGAUUCAUUCGUGGGGCUCAAUUGUCUUGUGUUGUCACCCGCUGUUAUUAUUAGUUCUUAUUAUUAUCGCAUUCUUUUACGUUUUUUUCUUGUUGGGUUUACUAUCA